CUUCUUCAUUGUUAAAAGAAUAAAUAAUUGUCUAUAAAAGAUUACGAAAGUCAAUCCAGAAGAACGUAGCCAAACAUGAAACAAAUAUGAUUCGCUUAGCAUCUACCCCUAAGCAUGAAAGUCGAUUUCAAUUCGAUUCUUCGUUCCUUCAACACAUCUUACCACGAGCAUUGCAAACUAAUAAGUUAAUAUAAAGAGACUAUAACUGACUAAACGUUUUUUUUGGUAUCUAAUCUUGAUCCCAUUCUAAGCUAGAAUAACAUCACCCUUGUUAGACAACUGGAACAAAGGAGAAGAAAACACACUCACUGAGCUCUAGCUUGAAAUCAUGUGACCCACUUCUUAAUAAUUCUUCACAGAAUUGACACCCAACAAAAAGGCAAGAAGUGUCGCCUCACGGCACACAAAACAUCUGGCGAACAGCUUUGCAUUCAGAGCUGUGAAUGCCAAUGGAGUUAAUUUAUGUUACACCCAUAGCACAAACGCUUUAGCAUCGUCCUCAUCUCUCCCGUCCGAUGGCGUUGAUACGAGAUUGCUUUGACGAUGAGCUCGCCGUUCAUCGGUGUGGAAGCAUAUGGUAGUUGAAUUAAUUUCUCCAUUUUUGAGUGCCAAUGUCAGUGUAGGGAAUGUUCGGAACGGGCUCCGGCUAAUCGUUACCGAUCAGUUGGUGGUUAGAUUUGAUCUAGGGUAGAUCUCGUUUCUUAAAGCUUGGUGCGCUGAAUUUUUGCUUGUGAAGCAUGUAAAGGAAAUAGUGAACAAAGCAAAAAUUGUGAUUUGUGUCCGCCUAAAAAUGGGUCGAAUUUCUAUAGCAAGACUGUGUAUGCUAUUCAUGUGUCUAGCUGGUUUGGUGAAGUCGCAAAUCGAAGACGAGGAAGAUUAUGAAGAGGGCCCUUGUGGACGUUGGAGACCUGGUGAUGUGGAUCUGCGAUCGUUUGAUUUGAUCCGUGAAUUUCGUUUGGAUCAGAUUGAGGCCAGCAGCAAGCACAUGCAUCGUCUGCAAGGCACCAAUGAAUACCAGACGGCAUAUCGAUUUGAAAAAGAAGCCAAUCUGACGAUGCGCUCGGUAGACGCUUUUCCGCUCGGAUUACCUCACCAGUUUUCCUUCGAAUGUACGUACCGCAUCGAGGACGAAGGUGAUUCCUCCUGGCACCUGUUCGAGGUGACGAAUGAGGUGCAGGAGAGUCAGCUUGCAAUCACGCUGAAUCCCGGGAGACAGAUUCUACAGAUUGGUUUACCCGCGACGGAGGGUGAACAGCAGGUUGUGGAGUACCAUCACACUCCGCUAUUCGAUCACAACUGGCAUAAGAUAAUGCUCGGUGUGACUAAUGAUUAUCUCAACCUUUGGGUCGAUUGUCGUCCAGUACGUGAUACUGAUGGAAACUUGAACGUACCUUUGGAACCGAGGGACCGCUUUGACAUAUCGGAUGGCUACGUUUCGAUUUCCAGGUUCGCAGAAACUUCUGUCUUUGAACCAGAAUCACCAGUGAUCGACCUACAGUGGAUGGUUAUGAACUGCGACCCAACCCGUCCGGCCCGUGGUAACUGUGACGAACUGCCUGUAUAUGAUGUGGCGUCUUUAACGGCGAACCUCCCGGAAGGGCCUACCCCGAAACCGGACUGUAAUGCCGUUUGUCCCCCGGGAUACAACGGAACUGAUGGUUCACCAGGUCCGGCAGGUCCUCCUGGUCUACCAGGUCUGAAGGGAGAAGUAGGAGCUUAUGGUAGACGGGGUCCUCCUGGACCACGUGGAUUAGAAGGUCCACCAGGUGUACCAGGAAUCGGACAGAAAGGAGAAAAAGGAGAAACCGGAGUAGGUAUUGCUGGGUUGAGAGGUCAAAAAGGUGAACCAGGUGCAGCUGCAGUUGCUGGGGCGGCUGUAGCAGGACCAGUUGGUCCACGAGGACCACCUGGUCCUCCUGGAACAGGAUUGAGAGGUGAAAAAGGCGAAGCUGGUACUCCCGGACGUGAUGGACAAUCGAUAACUGGCUCUCGAGGUCUGAUUGGUCCUCCUGGAGCAGCAGGACUUCCAGGUGCCGAUGGGUUACCUGGAGCAAUAGGUCAAAAGGGGGAACGAGGUAUACCAGGAGCGAGAGGUGAAGAUGGCGUGGGAUAUCCUGGAGAACCGGGUCCUAGAGGGCAGAAAGGGGAACCUGGAGAUGCAAGGGCUGCUGCAGGAGUGGCAGGACCUCCUGGAUUACCUGGACUACAAGGAAAUGAUGGACUACAAGGAGAAAAAGGUGAGCCUGGAAAAAGAGGACCUCCUGGGUCCCAAGGACUGCCGGGAAUUCCUGGAGCUCCCGGUCUUCCGGGACCUCCAGGUCCACCCGGUGAAGGCUCCACCGAGUCAGGUGGUGGUGGUGGACGAUACUUUGAAAAUCUCAUGUCAUAUGGCCAUCGUGGUCCUACGGGUUAUACUGGUUUGCCCGGAGAGCGUGGUGCUGGUGGUCUCCGUGGUCCGGAAGGAGCACCGGGAGUACCGGGUCCACCGGGCGUAGAUGGAGCACCUGGACCGCAAGGCAUACCAGGACUUUCUGGACAAACGGGUCCGCCUGGCGUUCCUGGUGUCCCUGGACGAAGUUACACCGAGGCGGAAGUAAGCGAUAUCUGUCGGGCAGUUUUGAGAGAUCACAUCGCCGAGCUUACGGAGGGGCUUAUUGGACCUCCUGGUCCUCCGGGUGUUUCGCGGCCCGGAAAACCUGGUACACCUGGACGCCCCGGAGAGAAAGGAGAGCGUGGCUUCCCUGGUUUCACCGGGGAUAGAGGAAUACCGGGUGAAAUGGGAGCACCCGGAAUUGCUGGACCCGCCGGAGAACGUGGAGAACCGGGCGUACCGGGUGAGAAUGGGCGUGACGGUGUGGGUUACGUUGGUCCACAAGGUCCGGUCGGUCUUCCCGGUCCACCGGGUGAUUCCGUGAUAGGUCCACCGGGCAGGGCAGGUGAACGUGGUGAGCCUGGCAAAGCGGGCCACCCUGGCGUUCGUGGAGCUCCUGGUAUUCCUGGCGCUUGCCCAAAUGAUUGCUACAUGGCGGCCGCAGCUGCGGCUCAAAACUUCCGUACCAACCAGCAAACCAAGGGUCCAAACUAUUAAACUGUUUGGCGGAGUAGAAAGCGGUAUGAAUGUUGCGGAAGUAAAAACAAUAAAAUCAUCUUUGCAUUUCAAA